UUCCAAUCUCUCCCAACCCCAUUCCUUCAUUCAUUCAUUCAUUCACCAUCCCCUCCCCUCCUCCCCUCCCACACACAGAGAGAGAGAGAGAGACCAAGAUGUUCGCCGACGCGGGGUUCAGCUUCUCCCCAUCCUACUCUUCUUCUUCCUCGCCGCCGUCCGCCUACUCGGGUUACUCCCCCACCGUCUUCUCCCACUCCUCCUUCGCCGCCACCCCUGCAUCUGCAUCCAACCACGCUGCACCGCCUCUGCCUCUGCCUCUCCUGCAUCAACAACAACAACAACAUCAGCAUCAGCAUCAACAACAUCAACAUCAAGCCGCCGCCGCCGCCGCUGCACCCGACGACGCCGCCGCCGCCGCCGCCGCCGCCAUGUACCACCACCUCGCGGACAUGGGGCAGCCAUCCCUGAUAUCAGAGUAUGACCUGGGAGCAGAGGGCGACCUGUUCAAGGCACCUGAGCCCAUAGUCGAGGAACCGCUGCUCGCCCUCGACCCGGUCGCGGCCGCCAUCUCCAUGAUGUCCGGCGGGGAGGACGACAACGCCAUCAGUGCCUCAGACAUGGGCCUGAGCGAGGCGCUGUACGAGUGCGAGAAGGAGCUCAUGGAGGAGUCGGCGAUCGAGGAGACGAUAUCGGAGCUGCUGGACGUCAAGAUCCCCAUGCUGCAGGUCGAGGACGUCCCCGGGGAGCUCAGGGCCUCCUCCUCGUCGACAGUUGCUGCUGGUGAAUGCUCGCUCCAGAAGAGCGUCAGCUCCGGGUGCCUCAACUCCGCGGACUGGAUGAACGGGUCGGCGGCGAGGCCCAACUUCCUCGACUUCCAAGGGCUCGACUUCGAGGCCGCCUUCGGGCUCCGGCGAGCCUACAGCGAGGGUGACAUUCAGAACCUUGGUGCCAAUAAUACCCCUCGGCCUGGGAUCGCAGGGAACAUGCACGCAUCUGGUGAGAGGCUUGUGACCAUCAGUGACCUGAAAAGUGAGGAGAGGAAGCAGAAGCUCUCCAGGUACAGGAAGAAGAAGAUCAAGAGGAACUUUGGCAGGAAGAUCAAGUAUGCUUGCAGGAAGGCUCUAGCAGACAGCCAGCCGAGGGUGCGAGGGAGGUUCGCCAAGAUGGACGAUGGCGACAUGCUCAAGCCGAGGAAGUAGGACGGCCAUGGAAGACCGCCUGCUGCCAAACUCAUGAGGAAGACAAGGUUGUUGCAAGGAAGGAAUUGAGCUACUGCUGAGCUGCCAGUGGCUUGUCUGCGUCUAGAAGCUUCUAGGGCAAUGGCCGCUGUGCUGCGCCGCGCCGCCCAUUGGAAUUCGUUUUCGCUCGCUCCAUCAAAUCCGUUCCUUUGGGUGACAUUUUCUAUUUUCCGUGUUCGUUUGUAAUAAUAUGAUGGUCCUCCCAGUGGUGGUGCAAGAGAGUGGAGAGCCCUAGCUAGGCAGCCAGGCUCCUCUGUGUACAAAGGCUUGAACUUGAACUUGGACUUGGUACUAAUAAAUAAAUAAAACCCAGGCUCCUCUCUUGCUUGCCAUGUAA